ACACUAUUUGAUUAUUGCAGAUGGCAGAUGAGCCGCAGGUUGUGAAGAAGGCAAAGAAGGUCAAGAAGCACCAUGCCAGUCGCAACCCAGUGCUGGCACGUGGAAUUGGGAAAUAUUCCCGAUCUGCCAUGUAUGCCAGGAAAGCUUUGUACAAGCGCAAGUACAAGGCCCCAACUACAAGGAUUGAAACAAAGAAAACAAAACCUCCAGCUACAGUGACCAAAACAGUUGGUGGUGAUAAAAAUGGUGGUACCCGUAUAGUGAAGCUUCGCAAAAUGCCCCGUUACUAUCCCACAGAGGAUGUACCUCGGAAACUGUUGAGCCAUGGCAAGAAACCUUUCAGUAAGCACAAGCGGAACUUGCGUUCCUCUAUCACACCUGGGACUGUGCUUAUUCUUCUCAAUGGACGUCACAGGGGGAAGCGUGUUGUCUUCCUGAAACAGCUUCAAACUGGCCUUCUGCUUGUAACAGGACCAUUGGCUAUCAAUAGAGUUCCUUUGCGCAGAGCUCACCAGAAGUUUGUUAUUGCCACUUCAGCCAAGGUUGACAUCUCAAAGGUUAAGAUUCCAAAGCACUUGACAGAUUCUUACUUCAAGAAGAAGAGGCUGCGUAAGCCCAAGCAUCAAGAGGGAGAAAUAUUUGACACUGAGAAAGAAAAAUAUGCAGUCACACAGCAGCGCAAAGCAGAUCAGAAAUUUGUGGAUUCACAGCUGCUACCCAUUGUCAAAAAAGAGCCUCAACUGCAAGGAUACCUACGCUCACAAUUUUUCCUUUCUAAUGGAAUGUACCCUCACAAAAUGGCAUUCUAAAGUUUCAAAAAGUCUCAUUAAAGAUGAAAAUAUAUAUA